AUGACCGGCGAUGCUGCCGGUACAACCAAACUCGGCAUCGACACGGCCACGCCACCCUCCGAGCAGCAACAACCUGCCCCCACUCCUCGCCCAACAUCGCCAGUGACAACCCCGCCAUAUUGGUCGCAUCAAAGAUCCUUCUCUAGUAUCUCGGUCGAUACGAUCGCGCCUGGCGCUAUAACUCUGCAAGACAACGACAACGGGGAGGAUGCAAAGAACAAGGCGUGCUGGGCAAAGAGCGUAUCUAUUGAGGAUUAUGUUGUCGUAAAUGGAAGUAGGACAGGCAUUGGGGCGUUUGUUGUCUGGAACAUCAAUGUAGAAACACUGCACGGCGGAUCUUUUCGAAUUCGAAAGCGCUUCUCAGAGUUCGACGAUCUCCGUAAUAAGCUGCUCCAAACCUUUCCCAAUUCCGUGGCUGCUAUGCCACCUCUACCGCCAAAGAGCGUUAUAUCAAAAUUCCGGCCCAGAUUUCUGGAAGAUCGCCGGGUGGGCUUGCAGUACUUCCUUAAUUGCAUACUGCUAAAUCCCGAGUUCUCUGGGUCGCCGGUUCUCAAAGAGUUCCUUUUCGAGUCCUAG